AUAUUAUCUUUCCCACCUCCCUUCUCUUCUCCUCAUUCUUCUUUCAUCUUCAACCACAGAGCAAACUCUCCAUCCCCACCACACCAUUAACACACCAGCAAGGCGCUCACAUGGAAACCACACAGCAGAUAUCCAACGAUAGCUUCUCCCUCAGCUGGCUUAGCAACACGAAGCACUCUCUCGGCUUCCUCGAAGAGAGCCUCCGCCGCUCUUUCGACGGGCUCGACGAAAGCUCCUUUAUCGACAUGGACCCAAAUUUCUUCUCGUUGCGGUGGACCAAUUCGACCGAUUUUGAUUUCAGUCAUCCCAACUGCGGCGACGUCGCCGCCACCCCCGCCGCCUCACUUGUGGUUCAUGCUGAUCAAAUUUUCUUCAACGGGCAUCUUCUUCCAUUGCACCUUGUAAAUACUUUGAAGAGCAAAGAUGAUUCAGUCUCAACAAACUCAUCACCAUCACUUAAUUCCUCUGAUUUCAUUGCAAUGAGAAGCUGCGGCAAACCUUUGUCCAGGGAAAGCACCAAGUCUCCAGUGAAGAUGUUAAUGAAAUACUUGAAUUUUCUUAUUCCUUUGUAUAAGAAGGUUAGGAAGAUGAAGAAGAACUCUUGGAAGACGCCAAGGAGUUUCGAUAAUUCGACGGGAAGUCCUUCGAGGAUGAGCUUCGAGCGGCGGCGAGGGAGUCGGGUUUUCGACGUGGCAUCUGAGAGUCCUAUUCAGGAUGCAGUCCUCCAUUGCAAGAAAUCUAUUGCUAAGUCUGAUUGAAAGGGGAGUUGUGGUUCAAAUUUGUGUUUUUUAUUGGUCCAUCCACUUGUUUCUCUGAGGAUUUGAAGAAAACAGGGGUGGGAUGUUAGUGAAGAAAAGGAAAAUUGUAGCCGUUUUUUUUUUGUUACUUUGUGGUUUUCUUUAGGUUUGUUUUAGAGCUGCAGAAAGCAGUUGUAGGUUUUAGCUGUUAAUGGGAAGGAGAAGGAGAGAAAGAGCUCUUCAUGUUUGUUUAGUCAUAUAUAUAAAUGGUUUAAAUAAUUAAGAGGAGCCUUUCACUCUUUUGAUGUACUUUCUAUUUGAAUGGAGGU